AUGAGAGGUAGAAGCAACGCACAGACCUGCUCAAGCAGUGGUAAGUCUCUGAUCGACGGACCAAGGGAGACCAGACCAAGAAGUUGCUUGACUGUCACGAAUGGGAGUUUCGCCACUCCAAGUUCGGCCUCUCAGCACCCACGUCAUCCGCGUGACUUCGGCCUUCCCGCGCUUCGGACCUCCUCUCCCCGCUUCGGCACCUGCACUGCCUUCUUCUCCUCCAACUAUACGCUCACAACCCUCUCGCCCCCGACUCUUACGUGA